CCCAACCGGCUGCUGCUGGCCACCGUGCCGCAUCGCUCUCUGCCGCCGCUGCUCGCGCUGCCGAGCGCGCGCCGCCCUGGUGAAAGUGUCGGUACUUGCGAUGCGAAAGGAUAACGCACGAGAAAUGUAACAUCGGCGGUUGUUGCUGCGGUUGCUGCUGCACAUGAGUGGUCGUGGUGGAGGAGAAGGAGGUGAAGGAGGUGUGGCGAAAAGUGUGGCCAGUCCUAUGGAGCAAGAAGUGCGGCCGGUGCUGGGCUGAGACGUGACGGCGAGUUUUUGGCAACAAAAUUUUUGUCGAGAUGCCGGACUUGGUUACGCUCGGUUUUUCUAACCGGCGUUACUUGCCGAUGUACCUGUCCAAUGAAAGCUACACCAUUGAGAUGCAAGAGCGCGAGUGUCCGCUGGACACUCCGCUGGACACCAUCUCGCUGGACUCUGGCGAAGAGGACAACGACGACCGCGAGGAAGGGAAGGCGCGUCUCUGCUCGCGGCGCCUCACCUUCCUGCUCACCUGCCUGGCGCCCAGCGCUGACAUCGUCAACAUUUGGAGGUACCCUUACAUCGCCUACAAGCACGGAGGCGUCGUGUUAGUUCCGUGCAUAAUCCUGUUCGUACUGGUGGGAUUCCCACUCUAUUACCUGGAACAGACCAUCGGGCGACUGCACGCCAACAAAAAGGGCGGCGGACAAUGCCUGGGACACCUCGUGCCUAUCUUCAAGGGUGUGGGCUACGCCUACUCAAGCCUGCUGGCGCUGAUGUCCAUCUACUAUAUGGCCAUCCUGACUUGGGUGCUGCUGUACCUGUUCUCCUCGAUGCAGGAGACACUUCCGUGGAGCCAUUGUGGCAACGAGACCGUCGUGAAGGGCUGUCCUAGCACCGGCGAACCAAUGUUCCACCCAUGUAUCCCGACGAACUUCACGGGCAACGGCAGCGACACCGAUCUCGUCUGGGUCCGGGCGCCAAGCGAGGUGUACUUUCAUGAAGUAGUGACCAAGUUGACGUCCGAAGUCCGCUCCCUGGGAACCGUCUCAUGGCCCCUUUUGCUGUGUCUGCUGGGAGGAUGGAUAGUUACUUACCUCAACGUCAUUCGGGGAAAGAUAUCAUUCCGAAAGACGGCCAUUUUACCUGCCAUAGUGCUAAUACUUUUCAUGUGCGCAAUUUUUGGAACCAUCACCAGCGACCCCGGCUUCUUGAAUGGACUACACUACUUCUUUUCCUUUGAAUGGAAAACCCUGAAGAAACCAGACGUGUGGAACGACGCGGCGGCGCAGGUGGCCCUGAGCCUUUGCACUGGCACAAGCCUGCUACAGCUACUGGGGCGACGCGGCAGCAAGUACCGUGGUCUCGUACACGAUGCGGUCAUCGUGGUGCUCGUCAACAUUGUCGUCUCCUUCUUCAGCGGCGUGGUGGUUUUCUCCUGCCUGGGAUUUGUCUCCAAGGCCAUCAACAGAACAUGUAUCAAAUUCUUGCAGGAAGGAUUCGGCACCUUGUUCGCGGUGAUCCCCGCUGCACUGACAAGCCUUCCGGGCUCGGUGGUGUGCUCCAUCCUCUUCUUCGCGCUACUGGCCCUCCUCUGCCUGGGCCGCAUGGAGCAGAUGAUGCUCGCGCUGCUCACCUGUCUACUCGACAAGUUCUCCAGUGCGCAGAUCCGCAAGCGCUACUGCCUCUUCGUGCUCGGCGUGUGCGGCGUGCUGUUCGCCGCGGGUGUUGUGUUCACCACGCCUGCCGGAAUUCACAUCUUGGCGGUGAUGGACGCCUAUGUCUUUUCUUGGACUGCGUUAAUGCUGGGAUUCCUUGAAUGCGUCGUCAUAACUUGGAUAUACGGAUUCAAGCAAUUUGCCGAAGACGUUGACACAAUUCUUCAGCAAACACUUGGGAGAGGAUGGAUGGUUAUCUGGUCAUUCGUCACUCCUGGUAUUAUUCUGGUCACAUUGGUGUUCACCAUAUUUGGGAGUCCAGACAUCUCGUCUGGUCUCUUCAAGAACUCCUUCUGGGGACCCAUACUAGGGUGGACACUCUUCGCUAUGGUCAUCUGCCAUAUUCCGGGAUACGUCAUUUACAAAACCGUCUACACGGGCUGCUACACGGACGGGAAUCGAUGGGACGAGUUCAAGAGCCUGGUGAAGCCCGUGCCCCUGUGCACCAAGGUGAUGAAGGCCGACAAGAACGCCAAGGCUGGCAAGGAAGCCGCGCCGGCACCGCGCAUCCUCGUCAUCCGCAAGAACGAGGCCAACCAGCAAGGGCAGCUGUACAUUCCCUACGGCUUCGUCGUCUGCCCGGAGAAAAGUCCCAAGGUGAAAGGAGCCGCCCACCCGAACAAGCUGGUCUUCUCAUUUCCGGACGUCGAUCAGUCGUACAGCUUGACAGACAGCAACGUGACUCGACUGAUGCCACCGCCGCGGUGCGACGAGAUCUUCUUCUACACGCCGCAGAUGUCGCAGAUGCGUAAGAAGCUCCAGCUCGGCUCCAUGGAGCAGAUUCCCCAGUCUCCAUCCAGCUCAUCGACGCACGAGCUAUCCGAAAGCUCCAGUUCGGACCAGUCGGACGCUCCCAGGAGGGAUGAAUCGCGCGGACGUCGCGUGAGCUUGGUGUUCACGACGGGUGACUCGACCGACGACCGCAUCGUCCUUUCUCCAUCGUCACUUUCCAAAUGCUCCGAGAGUCCCGAAGAAGGCGAGGCCAGCUCGGAAAACGUGAGCGUGGGUGGAGGAGCCCGCGCUCGCUGCAAGCGUCGUUCUUCGCUCGGCGUGCUCAGGACGAGUGAACGGAGAGACUCCGAGUCUGUAAAGACGUCCCAUGUCUGACACCUGUGCUUGUGGACUUGCGGCAACGUUGGUGCCCUCAGCAGACAGUGUCGUACGCUCCUAAGUGUAAGGACGGCCCUUGCAUCGCAUCGAGAUCGGACCUACCAGCUCGGGCUAUCCCCAAGUGCCGAACUUUUGAACGCGUCACAGUUGUGCCAUAUUGAGUACCGCGUGCGGGUAGCCGCUUUUUUCGCAGCUUGCAAAUUAGGAGAUUGUAGAUUGGAUAUUUAUACAAUGUUCUAUAGGCCUGUCUGUUCUCCAGAGAGGCAAGUUUCGAACGUGUGUCAUUUAUAUGCCUGUAAGGCCACCUGUGCACGAUGACACUUCUGGACAGCAUGUUGAGGUGGUAAACCGUGAUUCCUGCCACGCUAAAAUGUUCUGCUCACCACAGUACCUUAACCUGGUGAAGUAUUCUCAGUCAGAAACUAUACAUCAUGUCGCAUUUCAGUACGCUCCGGUGAUCAGGAAGAAGACGCGACGGAAGGACCACCGCGGGCGGGUAUAUUAUUGGUGAGCGUUAUCUACACGCUGUGAUGCCGCUGCGGCAAGGGGAAGCAGAACCUUUGCGACAUCAGCGUUAUGGUACUUUAGACAGCAAUAGCAAUAGGUUCGAUUACCAAUGUAGCCCCAGGUUAUGGAUUGUGUAAUGUAAUGUGUCGGAGUAUUCAUGUAUCGCGCUGCAAACUUCUUAAAGAUGUGGUGUAACGCUUUAUGAAUACUGGCUGCAGGAAAGUAUUACUUCACCAACGCAAAGCGGUGAAGCACUACUGUGGGCAGUUUCACGAUGUCGUCAAACGGCAAUCUUAUGUGCCUUAACGGGUCUGCGGGCCGGCAUCUGUGGGCAUGCAAGUGAACGCACCGGCAACGCAUCGGCAAUUGUGAAUAUGUAAUUUUGUUUUUUGUUUUUAAAAGAUGUUGAAUGAUAUUACGAACGUGUGUUGUUUGUUUUGGCAUGCUGUUAUCGUUCUUUGUUUGUUUGUUUGUUCCAAGCGUCAUAAUUGAUUGUACUCACUUCACUUGAACAUCGUUUUUAGUCUGUUACAAUUUUAGCAGCCAUGCAUAUGUUCCACGCUCUCGUCAUAUAUAUCGGCUGUAUAUUUAUUCUCGCUUAAAAGGCAUUUUGGCCAGGUUCACUUUGUUUUUUUCUUUCCUCAUUGCAUCUAUCGUGUGCGGACUGCAGUAUAUAUUUUGUAUAGAUGAGAUAUCAUCGCGCUCGAUGACAUGUGGGCUUCGCAUUCGCCAAGUAGAUUAUUGAGUCCUUGAGCGUGCCGGAAAGAGUCGAGGAGUGCCUACGCCGAUGUAAGCGAGUCCAUUGAGAAGCCUUUCUGUACGAACGCCUGUUGAAAAGCAGAAAUAAAAACUGAAGUACAAGUUUUUCUUUU